UCAGCUUCUGGUGGUGUGUCUUGCAGAGUGUGUGGUGACCAGCACCAUCACCCAAUAGGAGUCGUGGGCUUUGCAAGGGUCAGAAGUGGGUGUAAAAUGUCUGAACCCCAACUCCAUCUUAAAUCUCUUAGGAUAGGGUUCCCCCACCAGAGUCUUCACCUCUGAUCAGAGCCUUCAGCUGGCCCAUGGUGGCAUUUUGGGACAGUGGUGGUGAGAAGGGACUAAAGGCAGCAGGAGGACAGUGCCCCUGAGAGAUGGUGCCUUCUUCCCCAGGUUCUCUUUCAGUGUCCCCUUGACUGGAAUUCUGGUGGAAUGGUCAGUGCACAGAGACCAAUCCAGAAGUUAAUUUAUCUGAAGAACCCUCCUAUCACCCUAAACCCAGAGAGAAACUGAACCUCCAGCUCUACUGAAAUCAGCACAGCCCAAUGACUGGUGAUCCGGCUCCUAGGCUGACUUGGGAAGGAAGGGUACAAAACCAUUCCUGGGUGGGAACGGGGGACACAGGUGCUGGACGCCUAGAUCCCGAGUAGCCAGUGGCAGGAGCAAAAGGCGGUGCUGCUGUAAGGGCAGUCCCCUAAUCUCCAGGAUUGCAGGGCUCCUGUGCCUCCGACACAGUUCCACUCAUUUCAUCACUUCCUUGGCAGUCAACUCGGAUUCGUAGAGACGCCCACACUCUCCCCGCCUCUGCAACCCAGCCCGAGGGUGGGUGGCGUGGGGUGGAGGCCGCCUCUCCCAGUCUUCCGCAUCAGACUUCACAACCCAGGCGUCCAGCGCCCUGGUCGCACGAGGGUUAACCUCACGGGGGUGGGGACUCUGGUAAUGGGAGGGAGGGGACACCAGGCAGCCCAAGGCAUGGGGAGCCAAAGACCCGGCAGGUGCUGGGGUACACGCUGCGCGCAGUAAGGGCCACCGCAGACCCCAGGCCCCAAACUUCAAGUCGGAAGCUGGGGUGAGGCACUGGGCAUAAAGACUGGCGACCAGCACGUCCACCCUACUGAGUGGACCCUACUCCUGCCACUGUAUUGCCUUUGGCCCGUAAUGAAGCCGGGAGGCGGCGGUCCCACGGCGGCCCCAGAGGCCGAAACGGGCGACGUGCCCCUCGUUCUGCCGCAGCCCUGGGCCUGUCCGGCUGAAGUGCGGCUCUGCGGCCACCUUCAGAAGCAGAAGUCCCAGCACCGUCGCUUCUUCGUGCUGCGCGCGCAUCCGCCAAGCCUAGAGUGCUACAAGAGCGAGAAGUUGUUCCGCGCUGGCCGAGCGCCGCCCCAGCUCAGCGUGAGCCUGGAGGGCGCGUGCACCAUCAGCACGCGUGUGGACGCGCGCCGGCGCCACCUGAUCGUCCUGUAUACGUGUGACCGCAGCCUGGGUGUGGCGGCGGCCUGCGAGGCGGAGCAGCAGGCGUGGUAUAGCGCCCUGCUCGAGGUGCGCGCAGGUGCGGGUGCGGCUCGAGCCCCGGGCAGGUGGAGACUGGGCCGGGGGCCCGGGGCCCGGGGCCUGGAGCCGGGGGAGGACCCCAGGGCCUGGAUCCUCGCUCCAUUUCAGGACGUCUGGCCCGUGACACUGCGGCCCAAGGGACUGGGGCGGACACGAGGCCAGGGCAGCGGCCGCUAUCGCCUGUGCCUGGGUUCCGGGGUGCUGAGCCUGCUGCGGAAGCCCAAGGGCAGAGGCUCUGGAAGCACCCAGACUUCGCAGCCGCCUGCCCUGCGCUGGUCCCUGCUCAGCGUGCGCCGCUGCGGCCACGCAGACUCUUUCUUCUUCCUGGAACUCGGCCACUCAGCGCCCACGGGUCCUGGGGAGCUGUGGCUACAGGCCCCGGAUGCCGUGGUGGCCCAAAGCAUUCACGAGACCGUACUGGCCGCCAUGAAGCGACUGGGGGAUGACAGCGCCGCUGGCAGGGCUGAGGCACUGCCAAGGGAUCCCCUGAUGAGUGCUUACAGACCCUCUGUCUCCCAACCUUAUGCGACCCCAGCCUCGGCAGCCCAGUCAAGCGGCUUGAGCCUUCGGGGGGGCAUGGGUGAGAGGAGCCAGAAAGCAACCCCUGAGACCCUGGCGACGCUGGCAGCCUCGCACCCCAGGGAACUGGAGCAGGGCAGGGGCUACAUAGCCAUGGGAGCCAGGAGCGACUAUGAACCCAUGGGGGGUAGCGAAGCAGGUGGCUACAUGGUGAUGGUGUCCCCAGGCCUUGCGGCCUCUGCCCACACCCCUCCCCACGAGCAGCUCUGGGGUUGCAGAGGCACUGAAUACGUGCCCAUGAGCCACUUUCUGCUAGGGUCCUUUUCCUCAAGUUCCCUGCCCGGUCCCUAUAACCCCGGGCCUGGGAGGCCGGGACCUUCCUUCCAAGAACUCCCUCACAGGGUGGGGGAACACUGGGGACUGGCAGGGGCUCAUCCCUGCUUGCAGCCACCUUCAGAGCUAGCAGGAGAGAACGUGUGCAUCAGGUACGUGGCCCAGGAUGACUUAGGAAUGGGCACUGCCAUACAAGACCUGGCCAACAGCCGCCUCAACUACAUAGACCUGGACCUUGUCCCUCCAUUGGAGGCUCAAGGUGAUGCCCUGGGGUCCAGCACUCAUCACCCAUACAGCUAUGCCUGCAUCGAGUUCCAGAACCUCAAGGAGGUUCCGUUGAGACAUGGGCACACCGAUCCAGUCUAGCUGACUUAUAGAUGAGGGGGAGGGGAGAGAAAACAGGGCAGUUCCCUCCCCUCAAUGUCUCCCCACCCUUCCCAAGGUGGAGAGGCUCUCAGGCCCGCCAGGACCUGUGACUUGCAGAAGCUCUGAACUGCCCCUUGCCCGCUGCCCACUCUGCCCCUUCCAGAUGUUGUGCAUGGGAAAUCUUCAGGAAAAGGUUCCCAAAGAAGCUGGAUUCUUUUAAGGGAGAAAAUUCUAGAACCACCCUCCCUUCUUGCCAUCCACAAACCCCAAGCAAAGUCCUGAUCCUUUCUCUCCUGGCAGAGUUCCUGAAGCAUCACUACAGAUCUCCAGGCUGGCCUUGGCCCCCCACCCUGCCUCUGAUGACUUCUCUCACAUGGAUCUGCUCUUC